UGCCUCAUGACCCUUCCUUCCUCUUACUGCUCUCAAUUUCAGUCAGUCCCAGUCAGUCCACAUUUUUGCCUCCUCCGCCCCUCACAGAUCUACAAGUGUACAGAUGGGUGUAACCAUGCAAGUGCGCUCACACCUCAUUCAAUGCAGAUCAGUGAGUGAACAUGAAAAAGGAAACUCAGUUUUGGUUUGGAUCAGUGCCCAGCGUCUUUCUUGUAUGAGGAAGUGAAACUAUUUGUCAAUCACUGUCUCUGAGAGGUGAAAUGGCGCAGCGAGGAAUUCAGAUGGACGAGGAAAAACUCUGCUGUUCGAUCUGUUUGGAUCUACUGAAGGAUCCGGUGACUAUUUCCUGUGGUCAUAACUACUGUAUGAGCUGUAUUAGAAGCCACUGGGAUGAAGAGGAUCAGAAGGGAAUCUACAGCUGUCCUCAGUGCAGACAGACCUUUGGACCGAGGCCUGCUCUGGUGAAAAACACCAUGUUGGCAGAUGUAGUGGAGGAACUGAAGAAGACAGGACUCCAAGCUGCUCCAGCUGAUCACUGCUAUGCCGGACCUGGAGAUGUGGCCUGUGAUUUCUGCACUGGGAGGAAGCUGAAAGCUCUCAAGUCCUGUCUGCAGUGUCUGGUCUCUUACUGUGAGCAGCACCUCCAGCCUCACUAUGAAGUUGUUCCAUUAAAGAAACACCAGCUGGUCGACCCCUCCAAGAAGCUUCAGGAGAACAUCUGCACUCGUCACAAUGAGGUGAUGAAGAUUUUCUGCCGCACUGAUCAGCAGUGUAUCUGUUAUCUCUGCUCCAUGGAUGAACAUAAAGGCCACGACACAGUUUCAGCUGCAGCAGAAAUGACUGGGAGGCAGAAAGAGCUCGGGGCGAGUCGGCAAAAGAUCCAGCAGAGAAUCCAGAAGAGAGAGAAAGAUGUGAAGGUGCUCCAGCAGGAGGUGGAGGCUAUCAAUCACUCUGCUGAUAAAGCAGUGAAGAACAGCGAGAAGAUCUUCACAGAUCUGAUCCGUCUCAUUGAGAAAAGAAUCUCCGAUGUGAAGCAGCAGGUCAGAUCUCAGCAGAAAUCUAAAGUGAGUCGAGUCAAAGAGCUUCAGGAGAAGCUGCAGCAGGAGAUCACUGAUCUGAGGAAGAGAGACACUGAACUGGAGCAGCUGUCACACACAGAGGACCACACCCAGUUUCUACAGAACUACCCCUCGCUGUCAAAUCUGGCUGUCUCUAAAAAGUCAUCCAGCAUCAAUAUCCGUCCUGUGCGACACUUUGAGGAUGUGACAGCAGCUGUGUCAGAGGCCAGAGAUAAACUUGAGAACAUUCUUACUGAGGCGUGGACCAAGAUCUCACUGAGAGGGACUGAAGUGGAUAUGUUACUGCCACAGGCAGAGCCCAAGACCAGGGCUGAUUUCUUACAGUAUUCAUGUCAAAUCACACUGGAUCCAGACACAGCAACCACACGGCUGUUAAUAUCUGAAGGGAACAGAAAAGCAACAGUGAGGAGUGCUUCAUUACGUAAAAUGGUUAUGUUAUCAAGUCAGUUAAAUCAUGGUCUCCCAGGUUCACCCAGCAACAUUGAAAGUCAUCAGGUCCUGAGCAGAGAGAGUUUGACUGGACGUCAUUACUGGGAGGUGGAGUGGAGUGGGGUUGCAGUUUCAGUAGCAGUCACAUACGCGUAUAUGAGAAGAGCAGUCUAUGAAAGUGGAUUUGGAAACAAUGACAAGUCUUGGGCAUUAGAUUGUUUGAUAAAUGGUUAUGAAUUCAGACACAACAACAUCAGAACUCCCAUCUCAGGUCCUCAGUCCUCCAGAGUAGGAGUGUACCUGGAUCACAGUGCAGGUAUUCUGUGUUUCUACAGCGUCUCUGAAACCAUGACUCUCCUCCACAGAUUCCAGACCACAUUCACUCAGCCACUCUAUGCUGGACUUUUUGUAGGUUUUGGAUCCACAGCUGAGCUCAAGUAGACAGAAACUAUUGGGUGGAUGGGGGAGAUUCUGUUUAUUUAAAUAGAUCUUUACUUCAUCUUUGUUGCUCGCCUCUCUUUGCUGUGAUGUUUCUGCACUUCCCACUGAUGACCUGAUAAUCAUGACUCUGCUGUCUUCUUCCUUUGAUUCUCUGUUGAUAUUGUUUAGAUGUUGGAAAGUUUUGGUUGAUAAUGUUAAUAUACUGUAUACUCAAACAGUUUUCUUUCGAAAGUAUGAAUCUAAUUUGUUUCAAAAUAUCAAUGAAACUUGUGUUGUGAACUCUACAUUGAAACAAUGAAAACAGAAAUGAAGUAGAGUCUGACUGCAACAUCCACAUUAGCUGGAACAAUUCAUUGAUUAAUCCAUUACUGGAUUGACAGGAAAUGAAUUGAAAUCUAUUUGGAUAAUCAAUUAAUUAUUUAUUGUAUUGCAUUGUUCAGUGUUUUUUUUUUUACAUUUUAUUGACCAAACAAUUAAUCAAUUAAUUGAGAAAAUAAUCAUCAGAUUAAUCAAAUAAUUGUAAAUUGUAACCCUGAUUCACAUAUUUACCAGAGUGUAUAAAGUGUUAUUGUGUUAUUAUGUUAAAGUGUUAUUAUGUCAUUAUCAUUACUUUGAUACUUGUUGGUUUUUCCCCCACAGUAAUGACAUGUUGGUUUAACAGACUGAUUUUUGUUGAAGUGAAUAUGCAGAUAGAAAGAUAGAACCAGUCCUAUACCAGGAUUUACUGAUUGUAUGUGAACAAAAUCCAUCAAUAAAGUUGAUUUUCAAGUA